AUGGCAACGAGCCCUGACUCUUUGAUCCUCCGGUAUUCUGGCUCGGAAUUAACUGACGAACACUCUUUCCACAAUCACUUAGUAGAGAAGAUCUCCGAGGCAAGGGCAACAAGAGCAACAAGAGAUGCCAUCUACGCCGAGCUUGUUUACGACAACAUCGCUCCUUCCUGGAUGGAAAAUGUGGGGGAUGCACUUGAGCGGGCAAAAGCUGGCUUCUGCAAGAGCUAUAGCCCUUUCACUCUGAUCCUCCGAGUUGUAGCAAUGCCGUCUUUUCUGCACAAUGCCGACCAGGUCUGGUAUAACCGAAGCCAGACUCAAUGGCUUGUCUCCGGACAACUCACUCAGAAUGAGUUUGACAUGCUGUAUGUCACAGCAAAUACCGAUUACGAAUUCCCCGAUGGGCCAUUUGCGGGCAUCCGCAAGUCACCCAAUGUAGCAGUCGACGUGGAAAACGCCAUGGUGCCCAGAAUUGUCAUUGAGAGCGGGUGGAGUGAAUCCCUCGACGAACUUCGUGAAAACGCAGGAGAAUGGCUCGUGGGAGGAAAUGGCGCAGUCCAAGCUGUUAUCAUCAUAAAAUGGACACCCAGCCGGACAACCCGCCGUGUCCGCGGCCUCGUGGAGCUUUACACCCUGGACAGAAGUGGCAUGCCUCGGCUCGAGCAAAGAGAAGUGCGGAUAGCUUAUCCAUCAUCGUCGUGUUUAGCGGACUAA